AUGGAAGAUCAGAUGACUGUAACAAACUAUCUUGGUGCAGUAUUUCUCCAUCAUCUUCUCGAGAAUACGUUGAAGAGUAUGGCUUCUAAACCUAGCACACGAAUUGAAGCGUUGAAUAUUGCCACCCAUCCAAAAACAGGGGUAUCAUCCGAAACAAUAACAUUCAUAUUGCAUGAGCUUCACGAGAAGUAUGCGACGUUAUCAUCAGAUGAAAUCUUGUCGUUGCAACCUUGGGCUGUAAGAAUGUUGGUACUUACUUCAGUGAACACUCAAGUAAAGAUUGCUCUUAUCAAUAUCGCGCUCUCAUGGUGA